GGAAGUUGGAGUCGUUCAGGGUGUACAUCCGGCAGAAAGAUGGCUGCCACUAAGCGACAGUGACACUUUGUUGUUAUUAACCUGAACAAGAAGUUUUUUGAUAAUUAAACGACAAUAACGCUGCACCAAAGAGUCAUACGGCGCCGUGGCGUCUUGUCGAAGAAAACGGGAAGACGCUGGUAGCUACACAUCGAAUCCUGAUUCACGUCCAGGCGUAUCAGAGCACAGAAUGGCGGCCCCGGUCAAUGUCCAGAACCCCAGCAAGACCUGGGAGCUGAGCCUUUAUGAGCUGCACAGAACCCCUCAGGAGGCGAUAAUGGACGGCACAGAGAUCGCCGUGUCCCCACGCAGCCUCCACAGUGAACUGAUGUGUCCGAUCUGCCUGGACAUGCUGAAGAACACCAUGACGACCAAAGAGUGCCUGCACAGGUUCUGCUCCGAGUGCAUCGUCACAGCCCUCCGAUCCGGAAACAAGGAGUGCCCCACCUGUCGGAAAAAGCUGGUCUCGAAGCGCUCCCUGCGCCCGGACCCAAAUUUCGACGCGCUCAUCUCAAAGAUAUACCCGAGUAGGGACGAGUACGAGGCCCACCAGGACCGGGUCCUGGAGCGGCUGAGCCGGCUUCACAACAAGCAGGCUCUGAGCUCCAGCAUCGAGGAGGGCCUCAAGAUACAGGCGCUGGUCAGGCCGCAGAGGGUGCGGAAACCGCAGCAGGAGAGCGACAACACCACCUUCAGCGGGGGCGAGGACAACUGCGACGCGCGCUCCCACCUGUCCCAGAACUCGGCCCCGCCGCUCCUGCACGCGGGGCCCCUCGCGGAGGCGGACGCGGAGGCCGGGGCGGGCCCCAGCCGGAGCAAGCAGGCCAAGGUGUCGGACGACUCCUGCCCCGAGGGCGACCGGGGCAGCCCCACGCCCUCCCUGCCCCCGCUGCACCAGGAGGGGCCCGGCUCGGAGAUCGAGCUGGUGUUCCGCCCGCACCCCCUGCUGGUCAACACACAGGACUACAGCCAGACCAGGUACGUGAAAACGACGGCCAAUGCCACAGUGGACCACCUCUCUAAGUACCUGGCCCUGCGCAUCGCGCUGGAGGAGCGGCAGGCUGACGGGCAGACAGGAGGAGACGUGGCGGAGGAGAGAGGAGGAGAGGGAGGAGGCGCAGGGGGCGGGGGAGUGAGCCUGCAGAACAUCAGCGAGAAGCAGUACACCAUCUACAUCACGACGACCGGCGGCCAGUUCUCCGUGAGUGGCGUUUCCACGACUCUGAAUGGCUCUCUGACCCUGGAGCUGGUCAAUGAGAAGUACUGGAAGCUCAGCAAACCUCUGGAGUUGUACUACGCCCCCACCAAGGAACCGCUACAGCAGUGAGAGAAAGAGGGAGGAAGAGAGAGAGAGGGAGGGAGAGAGUGCUUGAGAGAGAGAGGGAGAGAGGGAGGGAGAGUGCCUGAGAGAGGGAGGGAGAGAGGGAAGGAAGGAGGGAGAGAGAGAGAGGGAAGGAGGGAGAGAGGGAUAGAGCUCCACACCUCCCUCCUCAUCGCUUUGUCUCUCACAGCACAAAGACGAGAGCUCCUCUCUCUCACAAUGGGACAGUCUGCUGCUGCCAAGAGAGGAAGUGUGUGACUGGUAGAAAAGUGUGUGUGCGUUAGAAACAAGUGAGAAGGUAUGUGUCUUAAGAGAAGAGGAGGGAGGGGUAUAGGGAUGGUGUGAAUGAGGCGGUUUGAAAGAGAGGGGAUAGAGUAUGUAGACAGAGAUCACGGCGGGAAGCGGACUCUGCGUUGCCCCUUGGCUGACCGUGGGGUGAAGCCUGUGAGCUCCUCCCCCCUCACUUCAAAUCCCGGCCUUUCGGUUGGAAGGACGAAGAAAAGACAACAAAAAACAUUUCAUUUUCCAAAGCUCCUCCUCUGAACCGCCCCCUGCCUUCACCUUCUGGAACACGAGGUAGAACCCCCACACCCAACCAGCCAAUCAGCACUGUGUAUAUCCCUCACUGUUUCCAUUUCCCACAAUGCCCCAGUCUUGUACAGCCAUUUUGUAUAUUCUCUGAUCAUGUGAUUAUGAGUGAAGUUGACAACGCAAUAUCGCAGGAAUAAGGGACUUAUUAUGCGAGGACAUAUUUUUCCAUAUGGUAAGGAAAUAAGACAGGUUUUGGUUUUUUUAUUUAUACAACAGGCCUGCAAUAAGCCAGCCUGCGUACAGGGCCUUAUUCUGAACUAGACCGAGGACUGAAGAAUUGCUGUGAAUUAGGCUGCUUAUAUUUGAUGUAAAACCAUGAUAAGCCUUCAGUUGAGGUCCAUUUUUUGAAAUACUUUCUCUGUAUGAUCUAAAGCAUAUUUACUGGAACCAACCAUGGAAGUGAAAGUUCUGUUAUACAGCGAUAGAAGCAGGGUGGGUGGAAUCCAAUGUACAAAAAAGAAAAAAAGAAUAGCGCAGAAAAAAAAAAGUCAUUCUGUACCUCGUCUGAGUUUCAAUCCUGCUGAAGGAGUUUUGCACUUUUGUAAUUUGUGAACGUUAAGUGAUUACAGACUGCUUUUGAGAUACCUUUGUUCGUUGACUUGCCAUUUUACUUUGUGUUAUCUUUCUGCCGUAAACUGGCAUACACACAUUACACCCCAUUUAUUAAAAUAACCUUGGUUUUUUAAAACCA